GCCACUCCCAUGCAUCGGCUGAUAGCCCGAAGACAGGCGGAAGCAAAUAAGCAACAUGUAAGAUGUCAGAAAUGCUUAGAAUUUGGACAUUGGACUUAUGAAUGCAAAGGAAAAAGAAAAUACCUGCAUAGGCCUUCAAGAACAGCAGAACUAAAGAAAGCUUUAAAAGAAAAAGAAAACAGAUUAUUAUUACAACAAAGCAUUGCAGAAACUAAUGUAGAAAGAAAGACCAAGAAAAAAAGGUCUAAGAGUGUAACCAGUUCCAGUAGCGAUAGCAGUGACAGUUCAGCCAGUGACUCUUCCUCAGAGGGCGGAGACACGUCUACCUCGUCCUCCUCGGAGGACAGUGACAGCGAAGCAAGCUCCUCCAGCUCACCAUCGUCAGCCUCCUCCACAAGCUCUUCCUCCGACUCGGACUCGGACUCCAGCUCCUCCUCCAGCAGCAGCUCCUCCUCCUCCAGCAGCAGCAGCAGCAGCUCAGAGGACGAGCCACCCAGGAAGAAGAGAAGGAAAUAGAACGCCUCCCUCCCUACUGGACUGACGGACUGAAAACAUGGAUGUGGUUCUCGGAAUAUGUUUUAAGUAUGUUAAGGCCAAAGAGGAUAACGUCAGAAUUUCUGGAGUUCAAAGUUUCUAAAGGUGUUACAUUGUGAGAACAUUAUUAAUAGUUUACAUUUAUAUAAAGAUUGUUUUAAGGUGGAGUUUGGUUUGGACCUUUUAAUCUUUAAAAAUGUGUCUAAAAAUGAAUCAAAAUUGAAAUCCAGUACAUCUCUGUUUUUGUGGUGAAACAUUAAUUCUCCUCUGAAGUAAUGCAUUAUUUUGUUAUUUGUUAAUGAUACGUAUCUAUCUGUCUUAAGGAUAAUAUGUCAGAAUAUAUGCCUAUUGAUUUCUAUUGCUUUGGGCUCUGAUAUAUAUGUAAGAUUUAAUACAUAUUUACUAUAAACAUCUAUUUUUAUGUCUGUUCAUAAAGCUUUUCUGACUUCUUAUUCUAAAUGAAAGUUCAAGGAACUUAAUAUAUUUACCCCUUUUACUUGGUACAGAUCAAGUUGCUCUAUUAUGAGGGGGCUUCAAAAAGUUCAUGGAAAAAUGGAGUUGAAAGAUACUGGAACUUUUCUAGGAAUUUUUUUCAAAAUUGUAACUUAGUGGAGGUUUACAUUGCUGAUCAUUAACUUUGUAUUCCAUAGUCUAAACUUUUAGUCAAACCACCCAGCAGUGUACCUCCUCCCUUACUCCCUCCCUCCCAGAUUCCCUGCUUCCUCUUCAUGUGGAUGGUUAGCGUCCACUUUAUACAAGUCAACACCAUUAGCCAGCCAGCCCUUUACUUUUCUCUUCCCUCCUGGGCCCUCCCCACUUUGGCAAACUCCAAAAUCUGUUCCUUUUGGUAUGAAAG